ACAAAUGUUAAUGAACUAAUUACUCCAGUAAUAUGUAAAAUAUAAAGAAAUGUAGUUGUUUUUUUGCUUGAAGAAAUAAAAACUAUUUAGAAGAGAUACAUUUUGCAUGUUGGGUGGAAACAGGUAUCAGGAGUAAUUGAAGAACAACAGCAAAGAUUUUGUUGUAAAUGGCUGCCAAGCAGAGGAAAGGGGAACAUCCCUGAGAAGAUUUAUUGAUGUUAUGAGAGAAGAUUAUUGGUGUAAGAAGGCAUCAGCAGGCAUCAGAUAGAGUGGGAUUAAGACAGAUCAUCUUCUUUAGCUACCCCAAGUACUGCACAUUUUUCUCGUUUGAGCACCUACAGUACUUUUUUAAACUGUUAGUGGGAGGCUUAGCCAUAGUUUUUGGAGGGUUUUCAAACACCUUAGACAAAGGAAAUGUAACUAUUGCGGGAUCAUUUAGCUCUUUUGUAUCUGCUUCUUCAGUUUCUGCACAUUUUAUUUCACUGACUAAAAUUAGGAAAUCAAAUUAGUUGGUGACACCUGCUGGUAGACAUGGUAAACUGCAGCCGUAGUAUCCUCAUUUUCACUGGUCUCUCUUAUCACAUAUCAGAUAAACGCAAGUUGCUUCUCUAUUUGCACACAUGAACAUUAACAAGAAAUACAAAUAAACUAAACAGUAUCAGCAGCAUUAAGCAUUGUCUGGAUGUAUCUUUUAUAUAUAUAUAUAAAACAAUCCCACACUGCUCAGUGAUCACACCCACUCCUUAGCCCUCGAGGGGGUAAUCAUGGCUGCACAGGAACCUUCUCCACCACCGUCUCUAGAAGGUAACAAACCGGGAUUUCCAAAGAAAAUCCUUGCCAACGACUUGGAAGACAAACAUUUAUGCAAUUCGUGCCAGAAGAUUCUAAGGAGGCCGCUGCAAGCGCAGUGCGGCCAUCGCUUCUGCAGCUUCUGCUUUAACAAAAUAGUGAGUUCUGGACCACAGAAAUGCAGUGCUUGCAUCAAAGAAGCCUUGUUUGAGGAGCCAACGUCUAUUCUUAAGCAAGGGGGUGCGUUCCCAGACAAUGCAGCUCGCAGAGAGGUGGAAGCUUUGGCUGCUGUCUGUCCAAAUGAGGGCUGCACAUGGACAGGAACUAUCAAAGAAUUUGAGGCGAUCCAUGAGGGCCACUGUGACUUCAUGAUCAUCUUAUGUCCUUCCUGUAAAGAGCUAAUGAGAGCUAAUGAACAGGAGCGACACAAUGAAAGGGAGUGUCCAGAAAGGACACUGAACUGUAAAUACUGCAAAGAACCCUCUCUGCUCAAAAACAUUAAGGUGUUUGUGUACAGGGAGAAGCGCAGAGGAGAAGAGGGAGUCAGAGGUGUGCUUCCCCAUCCUCACAUGCUGACUCCUGUCAGUCAGGAACUCAGUGAUCCACCUACAGGGAUGAUGGUGGAGGAUUUGAAGCAGGAUGGCAGUGAGGUGUUGAAAAUGUCUGUGAACAUUGGGGACAGCUGGUCAGCACAGUGCUUCAGGGUGGCAGAUUCAUAUUAUGUAAAUACUCUUAAUGUAACUGAUAUUACAGAGGUUAUGUUAAUGUUGAACUUUAACCCCACUUGUUUCCAGGUGACCCUGAUGCUGCUGGACCAGAACAACAGAGAACACAUCAUUGACGCCUUUAGACCCGACAUCUCCUCCUCAUCCUUCCAGAGACCCGUUAGUGACAUGAACAUCGCCAGUGGCUGCCCGCUCUUCUGUCCUCUUUCAAAACUGGACUCUAAAAACUCCUACAUACGAGAUGAUACCAUCUUCAUCAAGGCCAUCGUGGACCUCACAGGACUAUAGACGAAACGGAAGUCCAAACCUGCCUUUUGUUGCUACUCGCCAGACUUUUGUGGAAACUUGACUGGACGAGGUUCUUCAAGGUCAUUCGAGGGUUUUUUGAUUGUUGAAAGUUCAAAACAAAACUACCUUAAAAGCUACCUUUUUCUGGCUGCUAACUCUAGUGUCUGUUUUUAAACCACUGUAAGUGUUCUAGAUAGACUCAAUGUGUUCUGCUGAACAACAAACGCUUGUAGACAUUAUAGUUUAAACCAGAAGAAUGUUGCUUCUUUAUCUGCCAUCUCGAUAUACGGCUCACUGAUCAAAUCCAGGAACCAGUUUUCUAGACCCCAGUUCCAGACAUCUAUUGCAACAAAGAAAUGAAUUUACUCAUGCUAUAGCAGCCUGCAGUUUCUUCUGCAGUGAAAGCAACUCUAUACAUUAAUUUGUGAGAUAAUGUAAAUGAUUCUAAUGUCGUUUCUUUUCUGGUAACUUUAAUACUCCGUUGAACCAAAAAGAUAAGCAGGAACUUGUUCCUGAAUGAUUGGUCCUAGAUCUGGGACAGGAUUAUUUUAGGUGAAAAACUGGGUUGAUCCCAUUUAGUAUCUGGUUUCUGCAGCAGGAACAGGCUAUAGUUCCUGGUUCUGUUCGUGUGUUCUGGUUCUGAUUCCUGUGGUUAAAUGCAGAUUUUUUUUUUAUUGAGCCAUCAGGUCAGUAGCCUUGCAGCUGAUGAUCAGAGAGAUGUAGAUGAAGUGUAGACGCUCGAACCUUCACUGCUUGAAAACACUUACUAACUCUUCCAGUUACAUUGAUAACUGUUCCAUGUUUAGUAUCACGCUGAGGCUUUGCUCUGCUCACAGGUUGUAGUUUAGAUUAAUUUACUUUUAUUUUCUUAAAAAAAACCCCAAAACAACCCUUUGUACAUUUACUGACAUAGAUAGUCUCUAGUUUCCAGUCUUUUUUUCGUCAGUGAUCAUUCGUGAGGGUGGAACUAUUGUUUGAAUUCCAUGAAUUCUGAGUGCAGUAUUUUCAAUUGUGAAGGUUGAUUUUGUGUCUCUGUGUGUGGGUAUGGGUGUGUUCUCGUAUUUCUGUCUUUGUGAGGAAUAAUAAGCAUCAAAAGCCUCCAUUUUUCUGUUUGGUUUUAAGGAUCGUUUAUCGAGUCAGGGCAAGAAUAAAAACUAAGUUGCCUUAUAAAAAUAUGUCCAGGAAUGUGCAGACACAUGUACCUGUCUCUCUAGGAACCAGGGUCUUCUAGUUGAGACAGAUCAUCAAGAAUAUUGGUAUUAAGGACAGUGUUUGGUUGAGGUUUGGUGCUUUUCUUCUAUUUAUGGAGUUUCUUUAAUUCACACCGUGUUCAAUACUUGAUUAUAUGGAGGUACUGAGAGAUUUGAUUGAUUUAUUGCCUUUGGUUUUCAGGGUAAUGUUUGACACAGGGUAAGAGUUGAACAGGCCAGUUUUCUCACUUUAAUGAAUAAGUGUGUCUAUAUGUGUACAUAGUAUUAUGGACACCAGCGUCGUUUUAUCCUGGUGUUAGGGGUUACAGCCAGGGCAUGGUAAAGUGUGUAUAGUGAGAUGUUUCUAACAAGGAUGGAUGAUCUAAACGUAUGUGCUCAUAAAUGUGCCUUUGUAAUUAGUUAUGAAAGUCAAAGUCCUCGGUUUUGGCCUUGAUUUUAAAUGUUAAAGGUGGAGUGAUACUGAGUUUAUUCAGAGAAAAGAAAGGGUGAACAUUGAGUUGUAAGAGACGGGGCCAAUGAUGGUAAGUCUGUACAAUUUUCCAGGAGUUACUUGAGGAUUAGGGUCGGUCGGUUUUAAUAAGAUUACUUAUUGUAGGUGCCCUCACAAAAAUAGAUUUACAAGUGUGUGUGUGAGUCUGUGUGUUCAACUCUUUGUAUGAUGUGAUUCUCAUUUUUUUAUUUUGGAUCUGUGAAAGAUUCCAUGUAGCUUUCAGCAUUCGACUGAUUGUUUAUCCAAAUACAAAAAAUAAAAAAUAAAAAACUUGAACAUUGAUGGUGAAACUGAUUUUGCCUAAAUUGAAAUAA